AUGCAGGAAAGCUUCCUUCAUGCCGUCUCUUCCUGCUCCCAGCAGCCCACCAAAGGUGUCCUCACCUAUUCGGUCCACCCCCUGCUGCCCCUGCAGCCCCCUCCAAUUCUCCAUCAGCAGAAGCUCCAAGAAAGAUCCGCCUCUUUGAGCUCCAGUGGGAUUUUUGCCAACAUCCCUCUCGUGGCCUUUCUCACGUUUUCUACAGUCCCUGCCGUCCCCGUGGCCAAAGCGGAUGCUUGGCCAAAGGAUGUGGGCAUCCUUGCCCUGGAGGUCUAUUUCCCAGCCCAAUAUGUGGACCAAGCAGACCUGGAGAAGUUUGACAAUGUGGAGGCAGGGAAGUACACAGUGGGCUUGGGCCAGACCCACAUGGGCUUCUGCUCCGUCCAGGAGGACAUCAACUCCCUGUGCCUGACGGUGGUGCAGCGGCUGAUGGAACGCACGCAGCUCCCAUGGGACUCUGUGGGCUGGCUGGAAGUGGGCACUGAGACCAUCAUUGACAAGUCCAAGUCUGUCAAAACCGUGCUCAUGGAGCUCUUCCAGGACUCAGGCAACACUGACAUCGAGGGCAUAGGUACCACCAAUGCCUGCUACGGGGGCACAGCCUCCCUCUUCAACGCUGCCAACUGGGUGGAGUCCAGCGCCUGGGAUGGUCGCUAUGCGGUAGUGGUCUGUGGAGACAUCGCCGUCUACCCCAGGGGAAACACCCGCCCCACGGGCGGGGCUGGAGCCGUGGCCAUGCUGGUUGGCCUGAGGCCCUCUGUUCCCGUUGUGGUUCAGCGGAAACGAAUCUAACUAGCAUCUGUGAGGACACGCGAUGAACAAACCUCUACGUUUUUGCCGGCGGUAGGAGCUCGUUCUCUGGGAGGCCUCAGCACAGGUGGAUCUUGCAGAGUAGGUCCAAGCGGCUCACGCCACAUGCUUGCUUUUACGCUUCCUCCUCCAGCUGGCAUCGAGCGACAUUUCACUCUCGACGAUUUACAGUUUAUGAUCUUCCACACACCCUUCUGCAAGUUGGUCCAGAAAUCCUUGGCUCGCCUGAUGUUCAAUGACUUCCUGUUGGCCGACAGCGACACCCAGUCCAGCCUCUACAAGGGGCUGGAGGCCUUCAGGGGACAAAAGCUGGAAGACACCUACGCAAAUAAAGACAUAGAAAAGGCAUUUCAAAAGGCCUCUCUGGACUUGUUCAACAAGAAAACCAAGUCCUCCCUCUACCUCUCCCUGCACAACGGGAAUAUGUACACCUCAUCCAUGUAUGGAUGCCUGGCCUCACUUCUGUCCCAGUGCUCUGCCCAAGACUUGGCUGGUUCCAGGAUUGGUGCCUUCUCUUAUGGCUCUGGCUUGGCAGCAAGUUUCUAUUCAUUUCGAGUGUCCCAGGAUGCUUCUCCGGGCUCCCCCCUGGAGCAGCUGGUAUCCAGUGUGUCAGACCUGCCAGAACGUCUCGCCUCCCGGAAGCGUGUGUCUCCUGAGGAGUUCACGGAAAUAAUGAACCAAAGAGAACAAUACUACCACAAGGUGAAUUUCACACCACCUGGUGACCCAAACAGCCUUUUCCCAGGCACCUGGUACCUGGAGCGAGUGGAUGAGCUGUAUCGCCGGAAGUAUGCCCGGCAUCUGGUCUAAAGAUACUUGGAGAGGUUCCUGGGGAACGUGUGCUGCACAACUUCUGCCCUCCAUCGAUCAUAUACAGCCCCCCACUUAACUGGUAAAUAAAUUGGAUUGGACACAGCAGCCCCCAUAUGCGCUGGUCCUGUAGAGGGAGGGGCCGUCCUCCGGAGUCCUUGGUGCCUUUCCCUGCCGCAGUCACUGUCAUGGGCUUGUGCUGCUGGAGGAGCUCUCUGUGAAAGAAAGAGAGGGAGGGAUGCAGGGAAGCUCAGCCUGGAAUCACAGGCCGGAGAAGAGGCAGAUCCAUUGUCUCCUUCCAGGACCAGAUAACUUGCUUCUCAGCUGUUAUCGCUUUGUGGUUGUUAUUAUUAUUACAUCUCUGUGCUGUUA